CAUAGCCACGGUAGCCCUGGCGACAAGAACCCAGCAACGAGAAUCAACAACAACAACAACUGAAUCCGCCAUAAAAAUAAAAGAAGACAAUUUACCGGUGGGAAAUACACACGUGGAUACAGAGGGUGAUUCCCAGCUCCUGCAAUGGCCACCUCAGGCUACGUAGGUGAGAUCCAGCCAGCAGCCCAACCCCAGGGGGCCGUAGUAACCAUCACAUCGGGGCAACCUGACGCCAGUUCUACCCCUGCAACCUCCCCGCAGUUUCUGGCUGAGAUUCAGACCGCUGUGGCCGCUCCCACUGUUCUCACACAAACGGGCCAAACUACUCCCCCUGAUCAAGCCCUCUCCAUCAGCUCUCCGGAGCCUGCAGAUGGUUCCCAAGCCCAGUCCAACGCUCAAGCCCAGCCUCCUCAGACACAAUACGUGACCGCAGAGAUCCAGGGCUCCCCCUCACAGUCUGGAAAUGCUCAAAGCACCCCUCAGUACAUUGUUGUUACAGUCACAGAGGGCUCCCUUCACUCCUGUGACAGCGUGUCGGACUCUAGCCCCCCCCCAGCUGUGGUGCAAACAGGAGUUCCCACGCAGGUUGUUCAACAGGUUCAGUCAGCUCAACAGAGAUCUGUGGUGCAGGCUACUUCUCAGAUAGCCAAGACUGAGCCUGGUACACAGCUCAGUGUCACCAGCCUGCAACCUGUUCAUAUCGGCCAGGAGUUCCUCCCUAGCACCGUGCUGACAGCAUUAGUCAGGGAUAGGAAUCUUGAAGAAUGUCUGCAGCAACAUGAGAUAGGACAGGCAGAGUUCCAGGCCGAGGCUUCAGCAGACUACAUAAGAGAAUGCUGCGGCACACCCCUCUACCUUCCCUUGGAGCUCCUUCAGUAUUACCAAUCACUGUACUGGCUCUCUGUGGCUGCGGAGAAAGAGAUAGGGGCCCAACCUGCAGUCACAAACUCAGGCCCAUAUCAGCCACCACUGCAGACUACAACUGCCACUUUCCAAGUUCAGCAGCAGCUCACACCAGUGCCCGUGCAACAUGUGUACGCCAAUCAAGUGCAGUAUGUGGAAGGAGAAGAGACCAGCUACACAACAAGCACUAUCCGGUCGAGCGCCUUUCCCUACACUGACACGCCGCUGUACACCCAGACCACAGCUGCCCAGUAUUAUGACAGUCAAACAGCUUCUGUCUCACAGGCCUCCCCUGGCACACCUCUAACCGUCUCUGUGACUGCUGGCACAACAGGGGGGGUGUCCAUGUUUGUUGCCCAGCCCACCAGUGCAGCAGGGGGAGGGGCCACAGUGGUGACCACAGGUGGCACCACCAAUGGGGCAGGGGAUGGGGCAGGAACCAACGGUGGCGCAGCAGGCAGCUAUGUGAUCCAGGGGGGGUACAUGCUGGGCAGCAGCAGCACAGGGACAGCUGGCAACAGUCAGAGCUACUCUCACACCGCCCGCACCUCUCCAGCCACUGUGAGUAUUACAGAGGGCGAGGAGGGUAGCGUGCCGUCGGCAGACAAGAAGGUACAGUGGUUGCUGGACAACUACGAGACAGCUGAAGGAGUGAGUCUGCCACGAUCCACGCUCUACUGCCACUAUCUGCUGCACUGCCAGGAGCAGAAACUGGAGCCUGUCAAUGCUGCCUCCUUCGGGAAACUCAUUAGAUCUGUGUUCAUGGGGCUGCGCACACGACGCCUCGGCACACGGGGUAAUUCUAAAUACCACUACUAUGGGCUGAGGAUCAAGGCAGGCUCUUCUCUUCUUCGUCUGAUGGAAGAUCAGCAACAUCUGGCCAUGAGGCAGCAGCCAUUCUCACAGAAACAAAGGUGCUGUACACACAUACAAUAAUCAUCCAUAACAUUGACUGCAUAUAAGCCUUUUUAAAUCAGAAGUGAAAGUU